UAGUCUUGUGUUAACUGAGGUUUUUGAAACUUCCGCCCGCUCUGUGGGAAGGGAAAGUUGAGCUAAAACAUGAUUCUAAGGUUCAGGUAACAGUAAUAUUGACUAUGGCAAUUGAAGUUUUCUCAGAGAUUUCAAGCGCAGGAAUCAGCCCAAGAAUCUCGUUUUCUCACGAUCUCAGCCAAAAAGAUGAUGUAGACUCCAUUGAAGUACACCAUCAUCAGAGAUUGGACACAUCACUCUUGGAUACCAGUUCGGAUUUCGAUUUCUGCUUUGGCAAUAGUUUGUCCAAGAAUUGCCCUCAGCUGAUGAGCUCUUUUUAAAUGGCAAGAUUCUACCAAUUGAAAUCAAGAAAAAACCUGUUGCUGCAAAACAAGUUCAUGGUCAAUCUCAGCUUGUUCCUUCUCCUCCCCAGCAGACAACAACUGACAACACAGGGAAGAAAAGAUUGAAAGAAUUUUUAUCCAUGAGUAUUGAUGCAGAUGACAAGCCUGCAUCCAAAUAUUUCUGGCAGUUCAAGAGAAGCAGUAGCCUCAAUUGUGAAAGUACUCGAAGAAAAAGCCUAAUCCGCUCACUUCAGUUUCUUUCACGCAGCAAUUCAACAGGUUCAGCUCCAAAUCCAAAACCAACAAUGCUUUCAAAAGAAACCCAGAAUCAGCAUUUGCGCAAGCAGCCAUCUUUGUCAAGAAAAUCAUCAGUGUCAAGUUCUUCUGGUACUGCAUUUUACACUUAUAGCAAUUCUACACAAAAGCCUCCAUUAAAGAAGAAUUGUGCAGCAUAUGGAAAUGGAGUUGGCGUCAGCCCUGUUUUGAAUCUUCCACAUCCAUUAAUUUCCAAUGCAACUGUGAGUUUUUUUGGGUUUGGUUCACUCUUCUGUAAAGGUAAGGUUAAAAAGAAGAAAAGAUGAAAAUUUCAGUCCCUUGUUACUUCUUAGUUCCUAAGACUAAAACUUUCAAGUACAGUUGGGUUUCAGCUGCCAAUGAAUUAGCG